CACGCAAUACACACAAGAUAACAGUAUCUAGAUUAGAAAAAUAAAUCAAAAAGACUAGUGAUUAAAGUAACUUUAUUAUUUUGGAAAAAAUAAUACUGCGGCUACUACCUAUAUACCUGCUUUUUUUCUCACUCUUGGUCCAAAAACUCUUCAAAGUAUCUUUGUAUAAUAAGCAAGAGAAGCUUUUCAAAAUUGUAAUUAUGAAAAUGCAACAUAUCAAAACGUUACAAGAAAUGUUGGACAGUGACGAUGAAUUGCCAAAUAAUUACCAUGAAAUACCAGAAGUACCUGCAUAUAAAAUGGAUGGUCGUUUUGAACCCAUAAAAUUUCCAUGGUUGAGCAGAUCCAAAGACAAACAAUCAGUGAAAAAGUGGAAUGGGAACACUCUGUAUUCAAAUUUAAAUGAAGAUACAGUUUAUAAACAAACUAAAGGACUUAAACCAGGUGAAAAAGCUUUGGUCGCCAAGGUAGUACUGAGUGAAGAGGACUUAUAUUGUUUAAAAUGCGUUGAAACAGUCAACUCUGACGAAACAUUUCUUUGGUUAUUAAAUUUUCUAAUAUAUAAAGACAUGCAAUCAAAUUACAAAUACUAUAAAACGUGUUUAGUGGAUGUAUAUGUUUGUGACAGUAUUGAGAAUUAUACAUCAAAAGACAAUAUUAAUAAGAAAUUUUAUUUUGAAUUUAAAAUAGAUAAUAAGCAAUGAUAUGUUCAAGAUAAACUUCAUAACUAAAAUGUAAUUUUAGAUAUAUUUGAAGGUGCUUGAAAUAUUUGAAACGACAAAAUAUCACAUAUAAGUACCUGCAAAACACAAAGGUGCUUCUUAUCCAAAGUUUUUUUAUAAGCUAUUAUACGUGUCAUUGUAAUAUCUAUUAUUGGUAUCUUGAUAAGAUACAAAAUUGUUUACACUAGUUUUAGCCAAUGUAUUUUAUUAAUAUAAUUUUGUUGUGUUAUUUACUUAUGUACCUAUAUUUGAUAAAUAUUAUUUUAUACAUAAAA